AACACAACAGUGCCAGACUGGUGUGAUUAGACUACAGCUCCAGUAGUCAUUAAACAAACAUGCAUUGUCGUCCAGUUUCUUUUCAGUGGAUAAUUUAGCGACGCAUUAGCUUAAUGGCAAUACUCAAUUAAAAGCAUUUGUGUCAAAACUAAAAAAGAUUUAAACUAGAAAUCCCAUUGAUUCAUGUUGCUGUUGUUGACAUCUGUUGGAGCAGACUGUGGACUUAUACUUCAGUGCUGUGGGACCCAUAAAGAGAGGCCCCUGUUGUAUCUUCUCCUGCCUUGGUCAGGGUGUGAACUGUGCUACUGCCUUUGGCUGUUCUGUUUUCCCCCUCCUUCUGUGAAGACCUAUGCUAGGUAUUCAAAGAGAAUCGUUCUGUUCUUCUCAUGUCAGCCUUGGCCUAACCUCUAUUGACUGAGCAGGCAACUGAAAACCACGGUGUCGCUGGUGCCAGAGCUCCUGAUGGCUAAAUCCAGGACAUUACACCUUCUCUCCAGAAUGUAUCAGUGAUUCUGAGAGGGCACGCCACUCUGCCAGUCUUCCCGGCUGCCAUCCAUUCACUGUUUAUGUGGACCCUUGUUUUAUCUUGACUCUUCACAGCUAUCCACUGAGAUUAAAAGACAAUUCAUUUCACACAUUUUUCUUUUUGACUUGUUGGAGCUUUCCAUCGUUUCCUCUUGUCAGAUGGUUUUUACCAUUUCAUGUCAAGGAAUAAAUUGUGUCUCAUGCAUAUUUACUUUUAACUCCACUCCCACUUGUGUAGGCACCGCAGAGUGGACCUUUACAAAUGGCAGAGAAGCCUGAGCUCUAAAUUCUGCCACGAAAUGCCUGUAGGUGCCGUGCAGAGAAGUCAUUGCGUAAGGUUGAGAAAUGACCUUAUACCAAUGCAUUCAUCUGUGACACAGCGGAAGAGGUUUGCAGCCUGAGAGAUGAGCCAAACAGGUUCUCAUUAAUGUUGAUUUGAAAAGGCAGUAAAGUAUUAUAGCAGUGGAACAAUCAGGUCAGUGAUCAGAUUUAAUCGCAGGUGGAAUGCAUGUCUUUGUGCCAUGAAGGGAUAUAGCUGAAUGAAUUGGGAAAUGUUGCCUGGAAUGAGAGUAUGUCCAGAGCAAGUUAAAGUUGUAACAUACAUGUGUUUUCUACAAUGAUGUUUUGGCCCUCACAACAUUAUCAAUUUAUAACAUUGAGAUGGAUGGUGGCAAUAACCAAUAAUGAACUAGACUGGGGGUGGGAAGUGCAUGGCGAAAAUAUUGGCGACUCUCUCUGAGCCAGCCUACAAUCAUACCCAUACCUCUGGGCCUGCAGUCCAACAGCGGCGUCCGUUCCACUGGCUUCCCAGCACCCAUGUUGACCAUCCCGCACCAUGCCUAUAUGUUAAAUUCCUUCACAGCCUGCCACUCAGCCGCAACUGUCAGCUGAGCAAGGCUAUGAACAAAGCGGUAUUCACCCUCCCCUCUUACCAAGACCUCUUGCUCAGCACUACUACUAUGCUACACCCACUUUUCUAACUUCUGUCUGUUUAUACUGUUGGGCCAUUAAAACCUCUGUGGGUGGCCAGCAUCCACCUUCUGUCCACAAGUGGUGAGCAUAGCAGACAUGAAUCACGACUCUGACUCUGCAGCCUGUCCACGAGAAAGCAAGGUCCUGCUUUGUGUCUAGUUGGAAAUCUAAAUAAGUGUUUCCCACGUACUUUCAACCUGUAUCAUGUGUUACACUUUUAUAGGAAACGGUUAACUCUGAUAGCUGUGAAAGGACAAAUAGUUCCUCCACACACUAAUAUUGUUGUGCAAGUAAUCCAAUACAGGUCUUGAUGAAUCCAUAGAGAUUUAGUUAAAUUGGGAACUGAAAUUGCAUAAGCAUCCAAAUGGAACUCAAAGCAAUGUGAUUAUGACACUUUGUUUGGCCUUUCAUGUCGACAGGUUGAGAAAAAACAUCUGCUAUCAUCCACGUUAGUCAAGAUUAUCCCAGAUUACUAACCCUUAAUCAAUCCCUUUGUGCAGGGGCACAUAAUGAGGAUAAUGUUAGAUUGUUCACCAUUAGCUGUUAACCCUCAGUCUUGCAUGAAUUACUAAUUUCUUGAGAGUUUUGCAAUAUUUCAGGGGAGCUUGUAGGAGGAGUAUUUUAAUGAAGAUUCCCUCUCGCCUUUUUAUGAGUGAUCAGCGAUGGUCAUAAUUGGUUAUAUUCUUCAUGACAGGCAAUGAAUAGGCCUAAUCAAAUCAUCAUGAUAUGUUCUCUUCUCACUGAAUUUGCAGCAUGGAAACAAAUAAUUUGUGGUUUACAAGUUUGAUUGAUAAAUUUAAACAUUUAUUCAAGAUUGCUCUAAAUAAAAAUUGAAAGAUUGAAAAACCAGCAGACUGAAGUGCUGUUUUCUUUUAAUUGUAGUUUCGGUAACUGGAGUAUGUGAAUGGGCGCUGCUGGUAGCCUAUAGGGCUCACUUCAGCAUUCUCAGUGGUGCCCUCUGCUGCAAGAUGGUGUGGGAUCAUGCUUUUCACAUGUGUUGCUUAUCGGACCGCAAAGCAUCCUGGCUUCUGCUUUGACAGACUGACUUGCAACUUUGAAUUCAGGCUAUUGACUUCUGAUAUUAUUUUCCCUUAAAGUGAUUCCUUCAACCUGCAUCCUUAUUGGAGAUGCUCCUGUCUUUGCUGCUGUGUGCCAUCUGUUUGCUCAUCCUACCGUCCUCCUCUACCCCCAGCCAAGCCUCAGAUGACUCCAGACUCCUACAGGUGACCAUCCCUACGACCCCUCCCUUAUCUGCCGUCUUGGGGGGCUCUCUUACCCUACCUUGCCUGGUGUCUCUGUCCCACCCGCCCCCCAACAUGAAUGGCCGCCACGCCGUCCUCUCCCUACCCAGGGUCAAGUGGAGCAUGCUGUCCCAGGGGCACGAGACUGAGAUCCUUGUGGCCCGAGGGGACAGGGUGAAGGUCAGCGAGGCCUACAAGGACAGAGCCUCCCUGCUCCAUUACGCUUCCUCCCCGGCCGACCUCACCCUGAGGCUGGAUGGCCUGCAGUACAACGACUCUGGCUUCUACCGCUGUGAGGUGCAGCAGGGCCUGGAGGAUGCCGACGGUGUGGCUCAGGUCAAGGUCAAAGGGGUGGUGUUCCACUACCGGGAUGCUUCCAGUCGCUAUGCCUUUACCUUUGCGCAGGCCCGGGACGCCUGUGAAGAGAUCGGGGCUCACAUCGCCACCCCAGAGCAGCUCUUGGCAGCCUACCACAGUGGCUAUGAGCGGUGUGAUGCGGGCUGGCUCUCAGACCACUCAGUGAGAUAUCCCAUCCAGAUGCCACGAGAGGGAUGUUUUGGAGACAUGGACGGGCAUCCUGGAGUGAGGAACUAUGGGCUGCUGGAACCUGAUGAGCUGUACGAUGUAUACUGUUAUGUGGAGAACAUAGAGGGGGAAGUGUUCCAUGGCUCUUCCCCCCGAAGUUUCACCCUGUGGGAAGCUAAGGCAUAUUGUCUGGCUCAGGGAGCGGAGCUGGCUACCACAGGUCAGCUGUAUGCAGCCUGGAAUGACGGACUGAACGCCUGCAGCCCGGGGUGGUUGGCUGAUGGGAGUGUACGCUACCCCAUUGUCACUCCCAGGGAGCGUUGUGGUGGAGGGGAGCCUGGGGUCAGGACUGUCUAUCGCCAUUUGAACCAGACAGGCUUUCCAGAGGCACACACUCGCCAUGACACUUACUGCUUCCGAGGCAACAGCAACACUCACACCGAAUCUCCCCAUGAUUACCUGGCAACAGAGCCAGAGGACAUCGGCCAGGACAUUGUGACGCUGUCUGAGCCUCUGGAGGAAUUCAGCCUGGGUCAGGUGACGGAGCAGGUGAUGAGCGAAGAAGUUCAGGGCUACCUGACUGCACUCCCUAUUCCAGCGGAGCAGCACCCAUCAGAGCAUAUAGAGGAGCAGGGGGCUGUCCCUGGUGAGCAGUACCCAGAGCAGGGGGCUGUCCCUCGGGAGCACGGAGAAGAACAGGGGGUUGUUCCUGGAGAACACGGAGAGGAGCAGGGGGGUGUUACUGAGGAGGUGUACAUCAAGGAGGACGGAGGGGAGCAGGAGGCUGUGCCUGGGCAGCACAGAGAGGAACAGGGGGUUCAUCAUGGGGAGCAGUACCCAGACCAGCCUGGAGAGGAGCAGGGGGCUGUCGAUGGCCCGGGCCCUACUGUAGUCUAUCACGAGGAGCUACCCUUUCCGGUUGAACCCCAAGACUCAUUCACCCCCACAUCCUUCCCCCAAGACCUGGAGCCCACAGAGGACACCUGGCAGCUGGUGAAAGAGGUCAGCAACCCAGAAUCAUAUCAGCCCGCCCCUGAGGAGGUACACUUAGAUUCAAACUACCCAGUCACACCCUAUGAUGAGCUGAAUGCAAACCCAACACUGUAUCCACCUUCUCCCGAGACAAAUUAUGAAUCAGAUGAUCUUACAACUGCUCAUGAAGACAACAUUGGUAUCCCCGAUCCCUACCAGCCCUCGUUAGAGUCAAACAUGGAAUCAGGAGAGCCCUCUAUAGAGGGUGUACCAGGGACUGCUCUGGAGGCCCCCGUGCCCACCACAGCAUAUGAGGAGGUGGACAGGUCCAGUGAUCCACAUCCCAUGCCUGGCACAACCCCUGAGAGUGGUGAGUCUCAGUAUGGUAUUUCAGAGGAAAGCCAUCUGCAAACAGGGAUCACCCAGGAGACCGAACACUACACUUUUACCUCUGAGACCACAGGCUCUAAUGUAUCAGGAGUUGAAGCCACUACUAGUUAUGACAGCUCUCCAGAGGAGCAACUGGAAAGCGGGCUGCCCAUACCUCCUGAGGAAGACCACUCCAGAGAUGAGCAUGCCAUCCAGGGGGAGCAUGUCACGGACACGGUCUACCCAAGCACCUCUUAUGACCUCUCAGGAGGGUCCAUCAGGCCUGAGGGAGCCAUCACUGGGGGUGUCGAGGAUACAUCUGUAUCUUCCACUUCACCUCAUGAGGAAACGGAGCUCUUCCCUGACCAGCCCACCACUCAGCCUCCAUACUGGGAGAGCACAUCUGAAUACCACCGAACCAACUCUGUGGACCACAGUGCCAGUGUCCUUCUCCCUGAGGAGCAUAUCACAUCACUGGACUCAUUGGUCCUCCAGACAGGGGAGAACAGUGGCUCUGCUACUGCUGAGUCAGGAGACCUGGCUACCCUAAGCCCAGUGGAGAUGGACCCCUAUGAACUGAUCCCUACCUCUGAAUAUGCUUAUGACCCCACUCAGGAGCAGUCUGGUGUCACGUCACCCGACUCCUCUACCCUAGAUGACCAUGUGGAGCAGGAGGCAGGAGGCACAGUGGACUCAUUACCAGAAGUUUCCAAUGGUUCCACUGACCAGGAUGAGCACACUGACCUGGGUUCAGUUCCAACUGACGAAGUCCUUACAGUUAUUUAUGACACUGACUCUAGUGAAGCCUCUGGGGUCCACAAGGGAAUGCUUGACAUUACCCUUUUGACAUCCCCCAUACCUAUAACAUAUUCCCCCCCGACCCAGCGUUCCGUGGAAGCAGGGGCCAGCUCCCCAGGUGACUUCAUAACCGUCAUCCCAGAAUCCAGCGUUCCAUCUGGGUUUGAACCCCUGGAGGAAGGGCUGGAGAAGGUGGAGCAAGAGGGGUUGGGUGAAAUCCCAGAAGUAGUCGAAACUACUACCCCAGAGACAGCUUCUGGUGAGGAGGUGAGUGGAGAAGAGGAGAGUGGUCAGGAGGUGAGUGGAGAAGAGGAGAGUGGUCAGGAGGCGAGUGGAGGCAAGGAGAGUGGUCAGGAGGCGAGUGGAGGCAAGGAGAGUGGUCAGGAGGCGAGUGGAGGCAAGGAGAGUGGUCAGGAGGCGAGUGGAGGCAAGGAGAGUGGUCAGGAGGCGAGUGGAGGCAAGGAGAGUGGUCAGGAGGCGAGUGGAGACAAGGAGAGUGGUCAGGAGGCGAGUGGAGGCAAGGAGAGUGGUCAGGAGGCGAGUGGAGGCAAGGAGAGUGGUCAGGAGGCGAAUGGAGGCAAGGAGAGUGGUCAGGAGGCGAGUGGAGGCAAGGAGAGUGGUCAGGAGGCGAGUGGAGGCAAGGAGAGUGGUCAGGAGGCGAGUGGAGACAAGGAGAGUGGUCAGGAGGCGAGUGGAGGCAAGGAGAGUGGUCAGGAGGCGAGUGGAGGCAAGGAGAGUGGUCAGGAGGCGAGUGGAGACAAGGAGAGUGGUCAGGAGGCGAGUGGAGGCAAGGAGAGUGGUCAGGAGGCGAGUGGAGGCAAGGAGAGUGGUCAGGAGGCGAGUGGAGGCAAGGAGAGUGGUCAGGAGGCGAGUGGAGGCAAGGAGAGUGAUCUGAAGGUGAGUGGAGGCAAGGAGAGUGAUCUGAAGGUGAGUGGAGAUGAGGACAGUGACCAGGAGGUGAGUGGCCAAGAGGAGGUGGAGUCCGGCCUAGGAUCAGGAUCAGACGAGGAGCACUCUGAAUCUGCUGAAUCUGGAGAAAGCUCAGGGAUCCUUGAACCAGAAGUCCCAUACAUGAAUGAAACUGUCAUUCCCAUCAAUGGCACAACUGUCAACAGCAUAGAUGAAAGCGAGCGUGAGUCGAGUACAGAUGCGCCUUCUACUGAUAUGGAAAUCAUGCUGCUCUCUGACUUGUCCCAGACCCCCCUGCCCUCCCCCACCAUACCCCAAGAGUCCCGGGCUGAUGUAAAUCUGGAUUACAGUGGGGAGACCUCACUCACUGAGGACCCUGACUCCUUUACUCCACUCACUAAUGAGCCUGAGGAGACCCCCAGCCCGACGCCCACCACAGAGGACUACGAUGACCAGACUACGACGGCAGCACCCCUAUAUCCAGAGGACGUUGAUGAGGAGAAACUGAUUACCAUUCCUACUACUCCAAGAUUUGGGAACAUUUCAGAUUCCUGCCAUGAGAAUCCUUGUUAUAACGGGGGAACAUGUGUGGACAGUGGGUCUUCAACCAAGUGCCUUUGCUUGCACACCUAUGGAGGAGACAUGUGCCAGACAGACCUGGAGGUGUGUGAGCCGGGUUGGGAAAAGUUCAUGGGCUUCUGUUACCGACAUUUCACCAAGCGCCAGGGCUGGGAGGUGGCAGAGCAGCACUGUCGUAUGUGUGGCGGUCACCUGAUCUCGGUCAUGACCCCUGAGGAACAGGACUACAUUAAUGAUAAGUACAGAGAGUACCAGUGGACGGGACUGAAUGACAGGACCAUAGAGGGAGACUUCCGCUGGUCUGACGGGAAUCCUCUGUUGUAUGAGAACUGGUACCGGGGCCAGCCUGACAGUUACUUCCUGUCUGGAGAGGACUGUGUGGUGAUGGUAUGGCAUGACGGGGGGCGCUGGAGCGAUGUGCCCUGUAACUACCACCUCUCCUACACCUGCAAGAAGGGCACCUCUUUCUGUGGCCAACCCCCCAUCAUUGCCAAUGCCAAGGUGUUUGGUAAGUCGCGUCUGCGCUACGAGACCAACUCCAAGGUGCGCUACUACUGUGAAGAAGGAUUCCUCCAGACACAGAACCCCGUCAUUAAGUGCCUAAUCAACGGCCAAUGGGAGGAGGCUCUGAUCACCUGUCACCCUGCCCUGACUAACUUGGCAGAGCAGAAGGUCACGACGCCACCCUAUCAGAAUGAGGGGGUGGAGGUGGUGGACACAGCCACGGAGAAAGCCACUUCAGAGUUCUGGGACAUCAAGUGGAACUAAUAAGCUCAUCAAACUCAAUAUGCCCCUUCCCUCUGCCCCCUUCCCUGGAAUCCUAUGUUCCACUCAAAGACUGUCCAACCUUGUCCCUCCAACAAGGUGGAGCCUUGUAAAAUAAAUGUUCUCCCAGAGAACGAGUCAUCACAUUCCUGUCACCAGCUCUUUCCAGAAUAAACCCAUUUAGAACAUCAACAGACUUGAUCGAUCACACUUACAAUAAGAGUACAUCUCAACAUAAGGCCACUACUAGAGGAAAUUCAUCACAUUUGCACAGUACAGUUUGUCAUUGGAAUGAGCUUUAACGAAGAUGUCCCAUCCAUCAUUGGGCUUGUUUGUUGCAUGUGAUUGUUGACUAGUGAAAUACUUCAAUGUCCACCUGUGCUACGACACUGUUGGAUUAGUGAAUUUGACUGCCAGUAACAUGUAUUAUGACAUGUUUAUGAUGGUAUACAGUAUGAUUUUGAUGGAGAGUUUUAGUAAAGUGCAACCUAAAUCUCAACCUCAGCUGGUCUGACAUUAACUGAAGCCACUUUCCCACUCUGCCACAAAGACAGAAUUAAGAUUUCCACUUUUGUAUGCUUUUGUAUAAGAAGAUCUCCUUAUCAAUCCACAUCUUCUCAAUUCCCACAACCCAAAGCAUUUUCUCAACAUGUCCUCUUAUGUGCUUCUUUGUUUUUCAGGUGUCUUAAACUUUAGACCCAAUAUUAGAAGCCGAUAUCCACUUUAAAAGUACUUGGUUUGAGAAUAGCCAGAAUCCAAAGUUUGUUAUUUUAAAACGUAAUCCCUAAGAUACUAGGAAGAACAUGUGAAAAUGUCCACAAUGGUAUUUCAAUUUUCAUGCAUCAAUUACAUCAUUGUCUUAGUUCCAGUGGAAGUACUACUUUACGUUGGUAGUGUUUAACUGUAAUCAAAUAAUUCUAAUUGCUAAUCCCAUUUGUGACUGCACAAUUACACAAUGAACUUGUUAUGAAAGAAAAAAUGUCAUUGUAAAACGAAUUACAACUUAAUUUUGUUAAUGUAGAGUUAUUGGAUAAUAGAAAAUAAAUAUCUAAUAAAACGAUUACAAUGUAUGUA